UCAGGACAAUCGGAUAAGUCUAAUCGAGAAUAGAUCACUCUACGGAAUGGGCCUCUAUCAAUUGUGGUUUCAGGUCAACAACCUAGUUUCAUUAGAUGGAAUGUUGGAUGGAUUGGAUGAAUUGGAACACUUAAACGUUUCAAGCAAUGAUAUCAGACACCUAGCUAAAGGAGACUUCCGGGAUCUACGUACUCUCUAUUUUCUUGAUAUAAGCAACAAUCCAAUAGUUCAGAUUGAUCCUGGCGUAUUCUUGAACACUGCACAUCUUGAGUUUAUUUUCAUGGUGGAUUUACAAUUACAUUCAAUCAAAAGAAAUGUUCUUACCGGAUUAACUUCUUUGAAGGCUAUAUCAACAUCCGAUAACAGGCUAUGUUGUCUCCUUGAUGAAAGGGAGAACGUAACAUGUGCCAGGACGUCUCCAACGAGUCCUCUCGAAACCUGUGGAAGGCUUUAUCCGAGCGUCGUCUUAAGAAUUGCUGGCUGGAUCAUUGGUCUAACCUCCCUGGUCGGAAACCUGACAGCACUGAUUCUACGCGUUCGUCAGGAACAACUGACAGUCCAAACACUAUUAAUCAUGAACUUGGCCGUAGCAGAUUGCAUCAUGGGUAUCUACAUGAUUGUCAUCACAUCGGUAGACAUCUAUUUCGGCAACCUCUACUUCUUGAGUGCACCACUUUGGCGUCAAUCGUAUUUGUGCAAAUUUUCGAGUUUCCUCGCCUUUCUAUCAAGCGAAUGCUCUGUGUUUACACUAGCAAUCAUGACAGUUGAUCGAUUCAUCUGUAUCUUAUUUCCAUUCAGUGUAUAUCGUUUGACCGUUAAGUCAGCGGGUACUGCCAUGGUCUUUCUGUGGUUGGUCAUGUGCAUUCUUAGUAUCAUACCGAAUUUAGUUCCUGCUGAUUUACCUGGGUUUUAUGGACUAUCUGAUGUUUGUGUUGGGUUGCCACUACACGCCGAGUCUGAAGAGAUUGGAAGGCUCGUGUAUACAGUUGAGAGAAGAUAUGAUAAAUUUCUGAUCGAAUAUGUAGUUGAAGAGCACACAGUGCGUCCAUCCUGGCUUUACGCCAUUAUAACAUUCAUUGGUGUGAACAUGUUUUUAUUCAUGGUUAUAUUGGUAUGCUAUAUCAUGAUGUUUAUACAGGUAAUGAGAUCAACCCAGUCAGUAGCAAACGCUGCUUUGCGUAAUCGAGAAAUCAAAGUGGCUAGAAAAAUGGCAUUCAUCGUAGGAACAGAUUUUGCCUGUUGGAUGCCGAUCAUUGUCAUGGGUAUCCUCACACAGUCCGGUCUAGUUGUACUACCGACAUCCCUCUAUGCUUGGAGCGUGAUAUUUAUCAUCCCAAUCAACUCUUCAAUCAAUCCAAUUUUGUACACUUUCGUGAAUUAUAUCGAAAACAAGAAAAAACCACAGCAAGUAAAAACCAAUUCUAAAGGGGGUGGUAGAACAUCAAAAAAUGUGAGUGUAAAUGACACCUCACUGACCGAAAUUAAUGCUCAUCAUUAA